AGUGGAUGAAGGAGGAGAACUACAUGUUCCGCCUCUCUGAGUUCCGUUCUCCACUGCUGCGGUGGCUGAAGGAGAACCCAAACGCAGUGCAGCCAAAGAAGUUCUACCACAUGGUGCUCCAGUGGCUGGACAGCGAACUGCCAGACCUGUCCGUCUCUCGACAGAAAAGCCGACUCCGAUGGGGCAUUGCUGUGCCAGGCGACCCAGAGCAAACGAUCUACGUGUGGCUUGAUGCCUUGGUGAACUACCUCACAGUUGCUGGGUACCCCGGAAACCACAGUUUGUGGUGGAACGCUGCCCAUCACAUUGUUGGAAAAGACAUCCUAAAAUUCCAUGCUAUAUACUGGCCGGCAUUUCUGAUGGCGGCGGGAUUGCCUUCUCCACAGGUCAUACAUGUGCACUCUCACUGGACUGUGCAGGGCAAGAAGAUGUCCAAGAGCCUCGGAAAUGUGGUGGACCCCUUUGACACGUCACAGAGAUACACUGAGGAUGGCAUGAGAUAUUUCCUUCUUAGACAAGGGGUCCCAGAGCAUGACUGUGACUAUGAUGAUGCCAAACUGGUGAAGUUGCUGAACAGCGAGCUGGCCGACGCCCUUGGAGGACUGCUGAACCGAUGCACAGCUCCUUCACUAAACCCUGUUCAGGUCUACCCCCACUUCUGCUCCAGAUCCUUUCCUAAAGGUAGUGCCCAAGAACCCACCAGUAGAGCUAAGCCAGAAGAUUACAAAAUGGUUGAGUCGGUCGCUGAACUUCCAAACGCAGUGCAGGAGCACUUUGAGAGGCUGCACAUCUAUAAGGCCCUGGAGGCCAUCAGUGCAUGUGUCCGGCAGACUAAUGGCUUCGUCCAGAGGCAUGCACCGUGGAAGCUUGACUGCACUGAUGCAUGUGAUAAACGGUGGCAUGACGGCAUUCUCCAUGUGUCGAUGGAGUGUCUGAGAGUCUAUGGCACCCUCCUUCAGCCUGUGGUACCUGGACUGGCCGAUAAGCUGCUCUCUAGGCUGGGGGUGAGGCUGGAGGAGCGAACCUGGGAGGCCUUGCGCUUCCUGGAGCGGUACCAUGGAAGGACCUGCUCUUUUGAAGGGCGACCACUGGGGCCUGACACUGGUGUACUUUUUAACCGCCUCGAAAAGGACACGGCUAAGGAGAAGCCAAAAAAGAGCAAGAAAACUAGACUUGUCUGUCAAUAAAUUUUCAGGUCAUGCCUCUUUUUUUUUUUUUUUGCAAAUUAAGUUUGUUGGAGGAGGGAAAUCUGCAUGUCAUGUUUAUGAGGUCAUUUUGUUGCAGUUUAAUGUAACUAGCAAAAUUCACAGUGACCUCUAGAUGGAAGCAGACAUCACACAUUAAUAAGAGUUCCCUCGGAUAAGGUGACCGAAAGUGUAAGAUUUGUGUAAGUGUAAGAUGUACACUCUUUUUUAAUACGCUGGGACCUGCAAUCACCUAAUAAACAAGAGCAAUCCAGUGAAAA